UUUUUUUUCUCACUCUCUACAUAUUGAACAUGAAUAUGGAUGAUGAAUAUGCCAAGCUUAUAAGGAGGAUGAAUCCACCCAGGGUUGUGAUUGACAACAAUGCCUGUGAAAACGCCACUGUUAUUCAGGUUGACAGUGUAAACAAACAUGGGAUUCUCCUGGAUGUUGUCCAAGUUAUUUCAGAUAUGAACCUUGUAAUAAAAAAGGCCUACAUCUCCUCUGAUGGGGUGUGGUUUAUGGAUGUGUUUAAUGUGACUGAUCAUAAUGGAAACAAGAUCAGAGAUAAGGAAGUCAUUGAUUAUAUUCAGAGGAGACUUGAAAACAAUCCCAGCUUUGCACCCUCGUUGAGAGAGAGUGUUGGGGUCGUACCUACUGAAGAGCACACUGUAAUUGAACUUACCGGUAUAGACAGGCCCGGUUUACUAUCUGAAAUCUGUGCAGUUCUCACAGACCUUCACUGCAAUGUGGUGACUGCUGAGAUAUGGACACAUAAUACUAGGGCUGCAGCUGUAGUUCAUGUCACAGAUGAUUCCAGUGGAUGUGCCAUCAAGGAUCCAUCUCGCCUCUCUAUGAUAAGGGAUUUGCUUUGUAAUGUCCUCAGGGGCAGCGACGAUCCAAAGACAGCAAGAACAACACUUUCACCACCUGGAGUUACAAAUAGGGACAGAAGAUUACAUCAGAUUAUGUUUGCUGACAGGGACUAUGAAAGGGUUGAAAGAGCAGGACAAGGAAGACUCAGAGACAGAGAUCAAAGUUCGUUCCCUCAUGUAACUGUCUUAGAUUGUAAUGAGAAAGAUUACACUGUGAUUACCAUGAGAGCAAAAGAUAGACCAAAAUUGUUGUUCGAUAUUGUUUGCACUCUAACUGACAUGCAGUAUGUAGUUUUUCAUGGUGUUGUCCAGACAGAAAGGACGGAAGCUUAUCAGGAGUUUUAUAUUCGUCAUGUUGAUGGCUUCCCCAUAAGCUCAGAGGCUGAGCGAGAGAGACUUGUGCAGUGUCUUGAAGCAGCAAUUGAAAGGAGGGCAUCUGAGGGGAUGGAGUUGGAGUUGUGCACAGAAGAUCGUGUAGGACUCCUCUCAGAUAUCACAAGGAUAUUCCGAGAGAACAGUUUAUGCAUCAAAAGAGCAGAAAUAUCAACAGAAGAUGGAAAGGCAAAAGAUACUUUUUAUGUCACUGAUGUGACUGGUAACCCCGUUGACCCCAAGAUUAUUGAUUCAAUUCGCAGACAGAUUGGUGACACAGUAUUGCAGGUUAAACAUAACUACAGUCUUUCACCAAAGGCUCCUCAAGCGACAACAAUUGGAUUUCUCUUUGGAAAUUUUUUCAAAGCUCGAUCUUUGCAGAAUUUUAAGUUGAUCAGAUCUUAUUCUUAAGUUCCCCUUUGUAUAUUCUCAGCAUUUUCAUCAUGCUUUAAGUCAAACAAAAUUGUGUAUACGUAGAAGAAAUUGUAAAUAUCUAUCUUUCUCCCCCGACAGAGGGGCUUGUAAUCCACACUGUACAGUAGAAAACUCAAACACCUAUAUAUAUAGCCUUGUAAAUAGUUGUGUAGGGGCUGGAAAACUACACUGUACAGUAUAUAAACACCUAUGUAUGUAGUCUUGUGUAAAUAGUUGUGUACAGUAGAAAACUCAAACACCUAUGUAUAUAGCCUUAUGUAAAUAGUUGUGUAGGGGCUGGAAAACUACACUGUACAGUAGAUAAACACCUAUGUAUGUAGUCUUGUGUAAAUAGUUGUGUACAGUAGCAUGUUACCAAGGUUGUAUAUGGAGUAAAUAGUCCUUUCAGAUUAUAAAGUCCAUAGACCUAAACAGUACAUUUAGGUGAUGUCAUUUGGAGCAUAUGUAAAUUUGGGUUUGUACAUGGAGUAAAGAGUACUUUUAGGUGGUGUAAUUUGGAGUAGAUGUAAAUUUGUGUUGGUAAAUGAAAUUAAAAUGGAAAGGUGUAAUAUGUACUCUAUUUUCUCUCUUUUUUUUCAGACCUAACC